CACUUUCUCAUCUUGAAUUAUUAAAUUGUGCAGUUAAUCUCGAUAAUGAAAAUUAGCAGAAAUUGUAUGAACUAAUCGUAAUGCAGUGUCAUUGGACGUUUAAACAAAAUCUAUGAAGUUUCAACAUUUCGAUAUUCGAUCAUGGAUAAAGGAUAGUGAUCAAAAUUGAAUACGUUGGCAUUUUUCUACUGUUUCUUGAUCUUGGCAUACAUUCUUUUUCGUAGUGUUUAAGCGGUUUAAGUGUGUCAGUGAAAACAGGCAUAGUUGCAUGAAUACGUGGAAACUUAGUGGAUAACUGGAAUUACUAUAAAACAGGAAUUUACAGUUUACAAUAGUAGCAAAAGAAUUAGGUUCUGGUUAGGAAUAUGCAUGAUUAUAAUUUUGAAUAAAAUUCAACAUGCAGGCCUUACCAUGAUACACGAUACGUGCGUAUGCUAGAAAGUGCGCUAGUGUCGGGUGCGAAAAGUGAAAAGUAACGGUGGCCCAAUAACAUGCCUUCAAUAUUUCUGUUGAAUCAACACAUUCGUUUAGCUGAGAAUUCAAAAUUGCAGUGAAUAAUUAUCUGAAAUAGUGUAUUUUAUUGUUUAUAGCUGAUAAUCGUACACUUCAAUGAUGUUAUAGCCACAACAAAAUUCGCCUGGAUAUCAUUGCGGAAAUAAUAUAACCAAUCAAUACUCCCAUCAAAAUGGCCAAACAUGUAGCUUAUAGGAUAAUAUGUUUAGCUUCAGUAUUUAUUACAGUAUUAACAGAGGACCCCUUCUCGUGUUCGAUAGGUUGGGAGCUGAGGGGGUUGAAUUGUUACAAAUAUUUUAGUGUUAAGCAUUCGUGGGAAAAAUCUGCAGAAUUAUGUAAACGAUAUGGUGCGGAGCUUGCGACCAUUGAUUCAUUCGAGGAGAAUGAAGCGACGAGAGAGAUUGCACUUUUUGGCGAAUCUAGAGGUCGAACGGCAAACAUGUAUUGGCUGGGUCUUGCCUCUUUAGAUGAUCUAAGAACCAAUACGUUAGAAUCUACUGCAGGUGGAUUGGUUUCACAAUACUCAGGUUUUUGGGCUCUGAAUCAACCCAACCCAACCGCAGGAGAAUGUGUAGCGGCAUCGAAUGUAAACAAUAUGCAGACGUGGCAGCUGGAAACAUGUGAAAACUUGUUGCCGUUCAUGUGUGAGCGGCCUGCAUGUCCUCAAAAUUCCGUUCGAUGUUCAAAUGGUGCAUGUAUAAAUCAGGCGUUCAAAUGUGAUGGGAAUGACGAUUGUGGAGACGGUAGUGAUGAACUGGAUUGUCCUAAUGCUUGUCAUUUUCAUAUGCAAUCCGGCGGUGAUGUAAUUGAAUCACCCAGUUUUCCUCAAAAGUACCCAGCAUUGGCAGGAUGCAAAUGGACUCUAGAAGGACCCCAAGGAACUAAUAUCAUUUUACAGUUCCAAGAGUUCGAUACUGAAAAGAAUUUUGACAUUGUGCAGAUCCUUGUCGGAGGACGGACUGAGGAUAAAGCAGUGUCUCUAGCUACACUUUCUGGGAAGAACGAUCUCACUAGCAAACCUUUCAUAACCGCAUCGAAUUUUAUGAUUAUUAAAUUCACGUCUGACGGAAGCGUUGAGCGUAAAGGUUUCAGAGCAACGUGGAAAACUGAACCUCAAACUUGCGGUGGUGUGCUACAAGCAACAACUCAAGGGCAAAUAUUGGCUAGUCCAGGUUAUCCAAAAACGUAUCCUGGAGGGCUAGAAUGUCUUUACAUUAUUAAAGCUCAAAAUGGUCGAGUGAUUUCCUUGGAAGUUGAGGACCUAGAUUUGAACGAAGAUCGGGAUUUUAUUCUGAUUCGAGAUGGAGAAAAUGCCCACAGUAAACCAAUCACUCGAUUGACUGGAACGUCAUUGAACGACAGAAAUAGAGUAAUUAUUUCAACUAGCAACAAGCUGUACAUAUUCUUCAAGACCUCUCUAGGAGGUUCUAAGAAAGGAUUCAACAUGAAAUACACACAGGGUUGCUCAGCAACCAUUACGGCAUUGAAUGGAACGGUCACUUCCCCGGCUUAUGAUUUAGCCAACUAUCCCAACAACCAAGAAUGUUUCUUCAAAAUCAAGAACCCCUUAGGUGGACCUCUUUCCUUGAGGUUCAAAAACUUCAAUGUACACAAAAGUGACAACGUUCAGAUUUUUGAUGGAUCCUCAACGUCUGGCUUGCGUCUUCAUCCAGGAGGCGGCUUUACAGGAAACGUAGUACCAAAAAUUACUCUUACUGCGUCUUCAGGGAACAUCCUGGUUAAGUUUAUUUCAGAUGCUUUACACAACGAUAAAGGGUGGUUGGCAGAGUUUUCUGCGGAUUGUCCAGAACUGAAACCCGGAAUUGGAGCACUUGCUUCUAGCCGUGAUACUGCGUUUGGAACCGUCAUCACAUUUACAUGUCCAAUCGGACAAGAGUUUGCAACUGGGAAGAAUAAAAUUGUUACCAAGUGUCAAAAUGGAGGAACAUGGAAAAUUGAUUACAUUCCUAAAUGUCAAGAGGUAUACUGUGGCCCGGUUCCACAAAUUGAUAAUGGAUUUUCCAUUGGAUCUUCAAAUGUAACGUACCGAGGAGUGGCGAUGUAUCAGUGUUAUGCAGGGUUUGCAUUUGCUUCUGGUAAUGCCAUUGAGAAAAUCUCCUGUUUGGCUGACGGAAAUUGGGAACGGCAGCCGUCAUGUCUGGCUUCCCAGUGUCCAUUGCUGCAAGAAGUUCCUCACGCAAAUGUUACAAUAAUGAAUGGAGGAGGUCGCAGCUAUGGUACGAUUAUUCGAUACGAAUGCGAGCCAGGAUAUGUGCGAAGCGGUCAACCUGUACUGAACUGUAUGUCUAAUGGAACCUGGAGCAGUCCUGUUCCAACGUGUAGCCGCAAACGUUGUUUCAAAUUUCCAGAAAUAGAAAACGGUUUCUUUGUGGAUAGAACUCGCCAAUAUUACUUUGGCGAUGAAGCACGCAUCCAGUGUUAUAAGGGGUAUAAGCAAAUCGGUUCCAACAUUGUGAAAUGUAAUGAAGAUCAAGAGUUUGAUUCAUUACCAUCGUGUGAAGACAUCAACGAAUGUAUAGCGGCUCCCUGCGAUGUUGCUUCAACCGAGUGUGUCAAUACACCUGGAUCAUUCUACUGUCAGUGUAAGUCAGGAUUCUCUGCAUCUACUGAAUGCAGACCCGUAGGUGAUUUAGGCUUAGCAACAGGGGGUAUUUCAGACAAUAGUAUCACCGUGUCUUCGACCGAAGAUGGAUAUGAAAAAUCGAUGUUGCGUCUCAAUUCGGCUGGAUGGUGUGGAAAUUCAAUGGAUCCUGGAGCUAAUUGGAUACUUUUAGAUUUUAAAGCUCCGACAAUAAUCAGAGGGUUCCGCACCAUGUCGGUGCAACGAUUUGAUGGAAGCCUAGCUUUCACAUCCGCUAUUCGAAUACAGUAUACGAACGAUGUAACUGAUGUGUUCAAGGAUUAUGCCAAUCCAGAUGGUACAGCUGUAGAGUUCAGAAUCCUGGAACCCACACUAUCUAUUCUUAACUUACCAAUUCCAAUUGAGGCACGUUAUGUUCGGUUUCGAGUGCAGGAUUUCAUGAUUGCUCCAUGUCUCAAGUUGGAAGUGAUGGGGUGCACACGUAUAGAUUGCAUUGAUAUAAACGAGUGUGCGACUAAAAACGGCGGCUGCCGACAAAAGUGUAUUAACUCACCAGGUUCAUAUUCUUGCGGCUGCAAUACAGGAUACGAACUAUUUACCAAAAAUGGAACAGCCGGAUUCAGCAUUGAAAAGGCCGAAAGUGGAGAACGAGAUGGCGAUGUGUAUCAAAGGAAUAAAACAUGCGUUCCAAUGAUGUGCCCUACAUUGACUGCCCCUGAAAAUGGAAAAUUACUGACCGACAAGGCAGAUCAUCACUUUGGCGAUGUAGUUCAGUUCCAGUGCAAUUUUGGAUACGUUAUUUCGGGAAGCACUUCACUACUGUGUAUGUCUACUGGAGAAUGGAACGCUACGGCACCAGAGUGCAUAUAUGCUAAAUGCGUUUCACUGCCAGAUGAUAAAAACGAGGGGCUUGCGGUUCUUCGUCAAGACAAGGACAGCAUCCUGGUACCAUUCCGUGAAAACGUUACCUUGACUUGCAAUUCUCCUGGUAGGAUGUUACGAAAUUCGAUUUCUGCCGGAUUCAGACAAUGUGUUUACGAUCCCAAACCGGGAUACCCAGAUUAUUGGUUGUCCGGUACUCCACCGUCAUGUCCACGGGUAGACUGUGGCGAACCAAUGCCAACUCCGGGUGCGGAGUACGGACAAAAGGGAGAUACAAGGUUUCAAAGUUCUUUCUUCUUUGGUUGUCAAAAUACAUUCAAACUAGCAGGUCAAAGCUCAAAAAAUGAUAACAGUGUUAGAUGUAUGGAGGAUGCUGUAUGGGAUUUUGGAGAUUUACGUUGUGAGGGCCCUGUUUGUGAAGACCCUGGUAGACCUAAUGAUGGAUACCAGAUUACUAAAAGCUAUGAACAGGGGUCAGAGGUAUUGUUCGGCUGCUCAAGACCUGGAUAUAUUCUAAUUAAUCCCAGACCAAUUACUUGUAUCAGAGAACCAGAAUGUAAAGUCAUUAAACCAUUGGGUCUUUCAUCUGGUAGAAUUCCAGAUUAUGCUAUAAAUGCUACUUCAGAGAGACCAAACUACGAAGCUAAAAACAUUCGAUUAAACUCGGUCACUGGUUGGUGUGGAAAGCAAGAAGCAUUCACAUAUGUAAGCGUCGACUUAGGAAAAGUCAAUCGAAUUAAGGCUAUUCUAGUGAAGGGAGUGGUUACAAACGACAUUGUUGGCAGGCCCACUGAGAUAAGAUUUUUCUAUAAACAAUCGGAAAACGAAAACUAUGUUGUAUAUUUCCCCAAUUUCAAUUUGACCAUGCGUGACCCUGGAAAUUACGGAGAGCUGGCAAUGAUUACGCUUCCCAAAUUCGUUCAGGCUCGAUUUGUUAUUUUGGGCAUUGUGAGUUAUAUGGAUAAUGCAUGUUUGAAAUUCGAAUUAAUGGGAUGUGAUGAACCAGCAACUGAGCCUUUAUUGGGCUAUGACUAUGGAUACUCUCCUUGUGUAGAUAAUGAGCCACCAGUGUUCCAAAACUGCCCCCAGCAACCAAUAAUUGUAAAACGCGAUACGAAUGGGGCCAUUCUUCCGGUAAAUUUUACUGAGCCUGUUGCCAUAGACAACUCAGGAUCCAUUGCAAGGUUAGAAGUGAAACCCCAAAGCUUCAAAACCCCGUCAUAUAUUUUCCAAGACACUAUUGUAAAAUAUGUUGCGUUUGAUUAUGACGGUAAUGUUGCAAUCUGUGAAAUCAACAUCACUGUACCUGAUAUUACUCCCCCAUCAUUGAGUUGCCCGCAGAGCUUUGUGAUCGAGCUGGUGGACAAACAGGAUAGCUAUGUCGUAAACUUCAACGAUACCAGAAAACGCAUUAAGGUAUCAGACAACUCGGAUCAAGUGUCGAUUCAGUAUAUCCCUGAAAGUGCAACAAUUCCAAUAGGGGGAUUCGAAAAUGUGACUGUUGUCGCAACUGACAAAUUCAACAAUAAGGCUACAUGCAACUUCCAAGUAUCAGUACAAGCAACACAGUGUGUCGAUUGGGACUUACAACCCCCAAACAAUGGCGAUAUAAGUUGCAAAUCCAAUGAUAAGGGAAUCGAAUGCGCUGCAACAUGUAAACCAGGAUUCAGAUUUACGGAUGAAGAUACUGUGAAGAAGUUCUCAUGUGAGACUAAGCGACUAUGGAAGCCUUCUUCAGUUGUACCAGAUUGUGUUUCUGAAAAUACUCAACAAGCUGACUAUCACGUUACUGCAACAACUAUAUACAGAGCAAAUGGAGCAGUAGCAUCGUCAUGUCUACCCCAAUAUCAAGAAAUGCUUGGUAAAUACUAUCCUAAUUUGAAUAACAUUUUAUCCCAGCGAUGUUCUGCAGUCAAUGUCAAUAUGAAUGUCUCCUUUAUAAAAUCGGUACCUAAGUUGCUUGAGGAAAAUAUGAUUCAAAUAGACUUUAUUUUAUCUAUUGUUCCGGCAAUAAGGCAACCUCAGCUAUACGACCUUUGUGGAUCAACUUUACAGUUGAUUUUUGAUUUGAGUGUACCAUAUGCAAGUGCUGUUAUAGAGCCAAUAUCAAAUGUAUCGGCCAUUGGUAACCAAUGUCCACCAUUAAGGGCAUUGAAGAGUUCUAUAAUGCGAGGAUUUACUUGCUCUGCAGGAGAAGUUCUAAACAUGGACACAAGUGAUGUUCCUCGUUGCCUGCAUUGUCCGGCAGGGACCUAUGCUGGAGAGAAACAGAAAACAUGUACACCUUGCCCAAAAGGCUAUUAUCAGAACAGAGAACGUCAAGAAUCUUGCCUCAGGUGUCCAACAGGAACGUAUACAAAAGAAGACGGUUCAAAAAGCGUGGGCGCUUGCGUGCCUGUCUGCGGCUACGGAACGUAUUCUCCAACAGGCUUAGUACCAUGCUUAGAAUGUCCAAUAAAUUCAUAUUCCAGUGAUCCUCCUACUGGAGGAUUCAAAGAUUGCCAGGCUUGUACGACUGGUACAUUUACAUUCCAACCAGCUGCUCAAUCUAUCGACCAGUGUCGCAGAAAAUGUUCACCCGGACAAUACUCACCAACGGGCCUGGCGCCUUGUUCACCAUGUCCAAAGAAUUUCUACCAAAAUGUUGAAGGAAUGUUGACAUGUAAUGAAUGUCCAACGGGAAUGAAAACAGAAGGGCAAGGCACUACAGGUCGUGAAGAAUGCAAACCAGUGAUGUGUAAUGAAAACUCUUGUCAACAUGGAGGAUUAUGCGUGCCGAUGGGUCACGAGGUGCAAUGUUUCUGUCCUGCAGGAUUCUCUGGAAGACGCUGUGAAAUUGAUAUUGAUGAAUGCGCAUCUCAGCCUUGCUACAAUGGAGGAACUUGCAAAGAUUUACCUCAAGGCUAUAAAUGUACUUGCGCUCAAGGGUAUUCGGGAAUCAACUGUCAAGAAGAGAAGAGCGAUUGCGGUAAUGAUACUUGCCCAUCAAGAGCGAUGUGUAAAGACGAACCUGGAUACAACAAUUUCACUUGCUUAUGCCGAAGUGGUUACACCGGCGAAGAAUGCGACAUUACUAUCGAUCCCUGCACAGCAAAUGGCAAUCCUUGCAAAAACGACGCUUCUUGUGUAGCACUUCAACAAGGCCGUUUCAAAUGUGAGUGCCUUCCUGGUUGGGAAGGUCAGCUAUGCGCAAUCAAUACGAAUGAUUGUGCUGAGAACCCAUGCUUACUGGGAGCAAACUGCACGGACCUUGUGAACGAUUUCAGCUGUGCUUGUCCAAAUGGAUUCACUGGAAAGCGAUGCCAAGAAAAAAUCGACCUGUGUCUAUCGGAACCUUGCAAUCACGGCAUGUGCAUUGACAAAUUUUUCUAUCAUGAAUGUGUUUGUCAGCCUGGCUGGACGGGAGAAUCGUGCAACAUUAACAUAAAUGAUUGUGCAAGUGAUCCAUGUCAAAAUAAUGGCGAUUGUAUAGACUUAAUCGACGAAUACCAAUGUAGCUGUGAACCCGGAUAUACAGGUAAAAAUUGUCAACAUUUCAUUGAUGAUUGCUCAAGCGAUCCUUGCCAGAACGGAGCCACUUGCGUUGAUCAGUUAGAUGGCUUCCAGUGUAAAUGUAGACCAGGAUUCGUUGGCUUGCAAUGUGAGACUGAAAUUGACGAGUGUUUGAGCGACCCAUGCAACCCUACGGGAACUGAUAGAUGCUUGGACAAAGAUAAUUCCUUCGUAUGUCAAUGCCGGGAUGGGUACUCUGGAACUUUAUGCGAAACAGAUAUAGACGAUUGUGAAGAUGCACCUUGCCUCAACGGGGGAGUAUGUCAAGACCGCGUUGGAGCGUAUGAAUGCGAAUGCCCAUCUGGAUGGAGUGGCUACCGCUGUGAGCAGUUAAUCGAGUCAUGCGAACCCGCUCGUCCGUGCAAGAAUGAUGCAAGAUGCAUUGAUUUGUUCGAGGACUACUUCUGUAUAUGCCCCAGUGGAACAGAUGGAAAACGGUGUGAAACUGCUCCAGAUCGGUGUAUCGGCAAUCCAUGCAUGAACGGAGGACAAUGUAAAGAUUAUGGUUCAGGAUUGAAUUGCUCAUGCUCAGUGGACUAUGCUGGCAUUGGAUGUCAAUACGAGUACGAUGCAUGUGAAGCACACGUUUGUAAAAAUGGUGCCACAUGUUUGGAUCACGGAAGUGGGUACAAAUGUAUUUGUCCAUCAGGAUUCACAGGUGAAAACUGUGAUGAAGACAUUGUCGAUUGCAAGGAUAAUUCUUGUCCACCUGGAGCAACCUGCAUAGACUUAACUGAAGGAUUCUAUUGUCAAUGUCCGUUCAAUUUAACUGGUGAUGACUGCAGAAAAACUAUUCAAGUGGAUUACGAUCUGUACUUUAGUGAUCCCACACGUUCAUCAGCUGCUCAAGUGGUUCCAUUCUACACUGGGUCUCCAGAUAGCUUCACUAUCGCUAUGUGGGUACAGUUUUCUCAGAAGGACGACACGGGUACAUUUACAACAUUAUAUGCCGUUAAUUCUCCACAAGACAUCAUGGACAGGCGUGUAAUAUUGCAGGCCCAUUCAAGUGGUGUUCAGGUUUCGAUAUUCCCAGAUACACAGGAUGCGUUCCUGGCCUUCAGAGAGUACACGACUAUAAAUGAUGGUCAGUGGCACCACGUAGCAGUUGUGUGGGAUGGAAAGACUGGGCAACUGCAACUGAUUACUGAAGGAUUAAUUGCUGGACGUGCAGAGUAUGGCGCUGGACGUGAUUUCCCUGCAUAUGCUUGGUCGGUAUUGGGUCGCCCGGCAUUCAAGGCGAACGAAACAAAUUCUGUUGCUUACAACGAAGUUGGAUUCCAAGGAAAGUUAACGAAGGUUCAGAUGUGGAGUAGAGCAUUAGAUGUCACAUCGGAAAUUCAAAAACAAGUUAGAGAUUGCCGCAGUGAACCAGUCUUGUAUAGAAAUCUGAUUUUAAAUUGGGCAGGAUAUGAAGAGAGCACCGGAGGAGUUGAAAGAUCUGUCCCAUCAUCAUGUGGAAGAAAGAAAUGUAAAUCUGGAUAUGUUGGGGCUCAAUGCAAACAACUGGAGCAUGACAAGGAAUCGCCGAAGGUCGAGCACUGCCCUGAUGAUCUAUGGAUUAUUGCAAGAAAUGGUUCUUCGAUUGUUAACUGGGAUGAGCCGCAUUUCAGUGAUAACGUUGGUGUAACCAAAAUCAUUGAACGUAAUGGUCGUCGCUCUGGACAAAGCUUCCUUUGGGGCAGUUAUGAUAUUACGUAUAUUGCAUAUGAUGCAGCGGGAAACACUGCCAGCUGUAAUUUUAAGGUGACAUUGUCUUCAGAUUUUUGUCCACCGUUGGCUGAUCCUAUCGGAGGAUCGCAGAAUUGCAAAGACUGGGGUGCUGGUGGACAGUUCAAAGUGUGUGCUAUUUCAUGUAAUCCUGGAAUGAAGUUCUCCGAAGUUAUUCCCGAGUUCUAUACUUGUGGAGCAGAAGGGUUCUGGCGACCGACCGAAGAUCCAUCUACACCAUUGGUAUAUCCGUCAUGUUCGCCUGCUCGCCCUGCUCAGCGCAUCUUCAGGAUCCAGAUGUUGUUCCCGUCGGAUGUAUUAUGCAAUGAAGCAGGUCAGGGAGUACUUCGCCAAAAGGUGAAGAAUGCUGUUAACUCGUUGAACAGAGAUUGGAACUUCUGUUCGUACUCGAAUGAAGGGUCACGCGAAUGCAAAGAACUCCAAAUUAAUGUCAAGUGUGACAAAUACCGCCAUUCUAAUGAUAUUGUGAAACGACAAGCGCUGAAUCCACCAACGAAGCAGGAUGCAAGUACUUAUGUAGUGGAUGCACGAAUUCCUAUAAUUGGUAAUAAAGACGCAGAUGGCAGCGCUCGUCAAAGUAGGCAGCAAAAUGGUGACACCUAUACCUUGGAGAUGGUAUUCCCUGCAGUCAACGAUCCGGUGCUACAUUCGUCCAGCGGUGAGAGAUCAGAUGUGCGAUCUUUACUCGAAAAACUUAUCCUUGAGGAUGACCAAUUCGAUGUACAAGACAUUCUUCCCAAUACAUUUGCCGAUCCAGCAUCAUUGGUACUGAACUCGGAUUAUGCAUGUCCAGUGGGUCAAGUUGUGCAAGUCCCUGAUUGUGUACCAUGCGCAGUUGGCACAUAUUUCAACACUACGAGUAAAACAUGUAUUGCAUGUCCAAAGGGGUCAUAUCAAUCGGAAAUUGGACAACUUCAAUGUAAGAGUUGUCCGAAUAUUGCUGGACGAGCAGGCGUCACUUCAAUCACUGGAGCUCGAUCGGCAGCCGAAUGCAAAGAACGGUGCCCCGCUGGAAAGUAUUUGGACACUGACACUGGUUUGUGCCAGCCCUGCGGUUAUGGUUUCUAUCAACCCAAUGAAGGAUCAUUCUCCUGUGAAAUUUGUGGACUAGGCCAAACAACGAGAAUUGCUGAAGCUACUUCCAAAUCCGAAUGUCGUGACGAAUGUAAGUCUGGGAUGCAGUUGGGAGUUGAUGGUAAAUGUGAAGCAUGCCCACGUGGAACGUAUAGAACUCAGGGUGUACAACCGGCUUGUGCAGCUUGCCCUACAGGAAGGACCACACCUAAAGCUGGGGCAUCCAGUAUCGAAGAAUGUUCUCUACCAGUUUGUGCCCCUGGUACUUACCUCAAUGGAACUGUGAAUGUAUGCGUGGAGUGCGGUAAAGGAUUCUAUCAACCUGAACAACAGCAAACAUUCUGCAUACCGUGUCCACCAAACCAUAGCACAAAAACUAAUGCUGCGACAAGCAAAGCGGAGUGCAUCAACCCAUGUGCAAAUGUUGCAGAUGGCCAGCAGCAUUGCGACCCCAAUGCAUUCUGCAUUCUUAUGCCAGAAUCAUUUGAUUUCAAAUGCGAAUGCAAACCAGGUUUCAAUGGGACGGGUAUGCAGUGUAUAGACGUAUGUGAAGGAUUCUGUGAAAAUUCCGGACAAUGCGUAAAGGACAUCAAGGGCAUUCCUUCAUGUCGUUGCAAGGGAUCUUUCACUGGUACCAAAUGUACUGAACGCUCUGAGUUUGCAUAUAUUGCUGGAGGUAUAGCAGCAACAGUAAUUUUCAUCAUACUAAUAGUUCUUUUGAUUUGGAUGAUUUGCUCAAGAGCAAAUAAGCGUCGUGACCCUAAGAAAAUACUUUCACCAGCUGCAGACCAAACAGGUUCUCAAGUGAAUUUCUAUUACGGAGCUCACACACCAUAUGCAGAAAGUAUUGCUCCUUCUCACCACAGCACAUACGCUCAUUACUAUGAUGACGAGGAGGAUGGUUGGGAAAUGCCAAACUUUUACAACGAAAGUUACAUGAAAGAGGGAUUACAUGGUACAAACGGAAAACUAAAUUCCUUAGCACGAUCAAAUGCUUCUUUAUAUGGAACGAAGGAGGAUCUUUACGAUAGACUGAAAAGGCAUGCCUACACAGGCAAGAGAGAGAAAAGCGACAGUGACAGCGAAGGAAACUAAUCCCUUUCUUCAAAGUUAUUCGAAAGAUUUUAACUCAACGAAACAACACCAAGAUGAUGGUUGCCAUCUAUUAUUCUUCCCGCUGGCGCAAUACUCAACCAUUCUGUAAUUUUCAUCCGGGAAGAACAUUUAAAACAUUUUGCAAGUUACGUCAUUUAGAAUUAUGGUUCAAAAUUUAGUGCAACAAACCUUAUUCGAAGAAAUAAAGAAACCCCUCUACUUAUCUGGAUAGGUUCGAAGAUUUUAUCUAGAAGUUUUUGUUACGUUUUGGAGCACUAUUGUCAAAUAUAUUUUAAUUGAUCUAGGCUAGACUAGUAGAAAUGAAUAUCCAAUAAAAACUGAUAUCCCUUUCAUCUGUUUUAAAUAAGACUUA